AAAAAUGAUGCCGCCGAUCGAGAAAGCCACUUGCGUAAAGUUUGCGAUUUUUUCCAAUCCGUAAGUGUGAUGCAUGCAUUUUAUCAACUUUUAUUUACCAGAAAACUUACUGAAUCAAAUAUCACUUAUCCUUACAAUAGGCAAAAGUUUAUACCAUGUACGUUAAAGGCGGGGGCUGAAAUUCUGCUACUAUACGUGUUGUAAAAUACGUAUAGAUGCCAAGAUAUAUAUGCAUAUAUAUACUGAUUUACAUGCAUGUAAAGAUCCCAAGUGUGGGUAUAAAUAGGCGAGGAAGGGCCAGCCAGAAAGUGUUUCAUAAGCAUCAAAUAGGUUGCCGGAGAAAAACAAUAUAGUAUACUAAUGUCGGGAGGAAGAGACCCACUGGUCGUCGGAAGGGUGGUCGGAGACGUUCUGGAUCCGUUUACCAGAUCCGUCGGGCUCAGGGUGAUUUACAACAACAGGGAAAUCAACAAUGGCUGCGAGCUCAGGCCUUCUCAUAUCGUCAGCCCUCCUAGGGUUGAGAUUGGCGGAGAUGAUUUUCGCACUUUCUACACUCUGGUUAUGGUGGAUCCUGAUGCUCCAAGCCCAAGCAACCCAAACCUGAGGGAGUACCUACACUGGUUGGUCACUGACAUUCCAGCAACUACAGGAGCAAACUUUGGAAACGAGGUGGUCUGCUACGAGAGCCCGCGUCCGUCGAUGGGGAUCCACCGUUUCGUCUUCGUGCUGUUCCGCCAGCUGGGGCGGGAGACGGUCUACCCUCCGGGAUGGCGUCAGAACUUCAACACCCGAGACUUCGCCGAGCUUUACAAUCUCACUUCGCCGGUGGCUGCCGUCUAUUUUAAUGGCCAGAGGGAGAGCGGCACCGGAGGCCGGAGACGAUGAAUUAUUAUAUAAUGCGUAAUGACGCACCCUAACCUCUCUCUAUGUAUAACAUAACAUAUUAUUAUCGUAUUUAAAGAAUAAAAUCCAGUCUGCACCCACAUAGCUCAAUAGUUUAGUAAAUAGUAUUUGGGAGAAAAAUAAAAUUCGACCCAAGUACGAUAGUCAUAUGUAUCGUCCUAUAUGUACGACUCCCAGUUAUUAAACUCUUCUAUAAAUUACAAACUUUUAUGAUC